AUGACAUCAAUUGGCACAGGUUAUGACCUUUCCAACUCGGUCUUCUCGCCUGAUGGCCGGAAUUUCCAGGUCGAGUACGCCGUCAAGGCAGUUGAGAAUGGAGGAACCGCAGUCGGCAUUCGGUGCAAGGAUGGAGUUGUCUUGGCUGUGGAAAAGAUCAUCACGAGCAAGCUGCUAAAGCCCGGUGCUAAUAAGAGAAUUGCGACGGUGGAUCGCCAUGUCGGCAUUGUAUCUGCUGGGCUAAUCCCUGACGGUCGCCAUUUCGUUUCUCGGGCCCGGGAUGAGGCUUCCUCAUGGCGAGGCAUCUACAAAGGCCCCAUCCCGACUGCGGCACUCGCCAAUCGGCUAGGUGGGUAUGUGCAAGCGUACACCCUUUAUUCCAGCGUACGGCCAUUCGGUGUUACCGCCAUUGUUGGUGGAUGGGAUAGCGAGGAAGAGCUGGCGGUGGAUGGCCAGGUGGGCAGUGGGCCGAAGUCCGGCUCCGGUGGAAAGGUUGAAGGCGCCAAGGCAGGAGGGCCUGGCCUCUACAUGAUCGAGCCGAGCGGGCUCUACUGGGGCUAUUAUGGUGCCGCAACUGGGAAGGGACGGCAGGCUGCCAAGGCUGAAUUGGAGAAAUUAGAUCUGAGCUCCGGCAAUCUGUCUUUGACGGAUGGUGUGAAGGAAGCAGCCCGCAUCAUUUACGUUGCGCAUGAAGACAGCAAGGACAAGGAAUUCGAGCUGGAAAUGUCAUGGAUCAGCUCGGUUGACGGGCCGACCAAGGGCCGACACGAGGAGGUGCCCAAGGAGCUCGUGGAGGAAGCCGAGAAAGCCGCAAAGCGGGCCUUGGAGGGAGAAGACGAGGAAGAGGAAGAUAAGGGCCAUAUGGAAGAGUGA